UUCGCUUUCUAGAUUCGCUUAUAGCUGGUUUGAACUUAAGUGUCUGAUGUCACAUUUGUUUUCACACAUUGACCACAACUGUGUUUCCCACUGGUGUUAAAAGAAGAGAAGCGCUGACUACUUAAACACAUCUACAUAGGAAUAAGGAACUAAAUGGUUUAAUGUUUGAUAGUUAAAGAGCAACAUGUCUGAUGAUAUUUAUGAUGACGCCAUUGGGAUAGAGACUGAGGCAAUGAAGAAAGAGAAACUGGAUAUGACAGUGGAGAUCUAUGAGAGCGCAGAUCAUUUGAGAGAUCAGGACUUCAGGACAGAGACAAACACACACAAACCACUACAGCAAACAGGAAGUGAUUCAGUGAGGAUCCGAAACUACAGAGCAGCUGUAGUGUGUUUGGUGCUGCUGUGUGUUCUUCUGCUGACUGCAGUCAUAGUGCUGUGUGUCCACAUCCAUACAAACAGCACAAACUACACAGAAGAGACACACCAGCCACUAACCAAUAUCACCAACCUUAUAGAAGAGAGAGAUGAGCUACUGACAAAUGAAAAGGAUGGAUUAUUAAUCAAGAAUGACAACCUGACUAAACAAAGAGAGCAGUGUUUCCAGGAGAGAAAUUACCUGGUGGAGAGUCUUCAAAAAAUAGAUGGACGAUUAUACUAUAAUUCUAGUUUUUACUUCAUUUCCUCUGAGAAAAAGAGCUGGAAUGAGAGCAGAAGAUAUUGUACUGAAGAGAAAGAAGCAGAUCUGAUCAUCAUAAACAACAGAGAGGAACAAGAGUUUGCAAAAAAGUUUUCCCAUGGUAAUCCAUUCUGGAUUGGUCUGACUGACAGUGAUGUGGAGGACUCAUGGAAAUGGGCUGAUGGCAGCACACUGACCUCUGGGUUCUGGGCGACCAAUGGAAAAACACCAGAGCCAAAUGGAAAACGAGAUGAGAACUGUGCUGUGACUUGUUUAAGAAAUCACCCUCAAUUAAUAGGGUGGAUUGAUGUUACUUGCAAUGGUGAUUAUCAAUGGAUCUGUGAGAAAAGUAUAUGACCCUAGGAAUAUCAGUCCCAGAAAAAAAGCAACUUACUGUAAAUACACAAGCAAACUAGGAUCAUUAAUGACACAUCAAUGGUCCAACAUAUGAGAGAGAGUCUAAACAUGAUUUCUAACACCCUGUCACUAGGACAAAACUGAACAGGAUCAUUUUACGGCAGGCAUAAACAGAGGGUCUCUAAAGUUUAUGUAAUAUUCUAGGUUUAGUGGCAUAAUACUGUAAUUUCCACUUGUACCUCCAAAAAAUGGGGCAAAUUCAUAAACGCUGAAAAACUUCAAUGCACAAAUAAACACAAGAUUUAAGGCAGCUACACUGAGUUUGUUGUGUUCCUCUCAUGCUACUAUAAGACUUUUAAGACAACCAAAUGUUUGUUUUCUAGAGAUUUUCUAACCUGAUUUCUCCUCUUACAUUUGCUUUGUCAAUGCUGAUCUAAGAAGAGGAACAACAACAGCAUGAAAGCUCAUUUACCACCAUGUGUGUCAUAAUCAGGAAGUUGGUCAUGAAUUAUUGGCAGUGUGAGAGUUCAGUAAGGUACUCCAACAGUGUCUCCACUGUCUCAUCUGUCCUAAACACACAAAAAGAUUUAAAUUCUGGAGCAGUGGAGAGCCUAAUAGUAGGCUGGGUAAUGAAGUGUUGUGUUUAAAUCAUCAAGGUGAGCAGAUACUUUUUUUAUUGGAUCUGGGGGAAGAGCAUUUUAAAAUCAAGUCAAUACACUGAAUUCUGUCUUUAAGAGUGAAUCAUCAAAUCAUUCAUUCAAAAGGUUCUUUCAACUACGCUGAUUUAUUUAGUUGUUUUCUCUAGCAGCUAGCUGUUGAGUGUACAACAGUUGUGCAAUAGUUAUUGCAGUGCAUUAUGGGAUUGAAUGAGUGCUCUAUAGGGGGCACAACACUCACUGAAUCAUUUAGACAAUUGGUUUGUUCAAAGAGGUUUGUGUGUUGCCCUGAAAAGUAGAACUUUUUAUUCUGUUUUGGCUUUUUUAGGAACUAUUUACCUGUCCAUCCUAUUUCUAAACUGUAAGUUCCUCAAUAUUAACUUCUUGUUUAUUUACUGUAACUGUUUAAACAUCUCUAAAAGCAUAUUUUGAUCAAAGUGCUACUUAAAAUACAAUUACAUGAGAAUGUGUCUGCCAGUUGUGUAUCUGUCAUGUUGUCUAUGACUAGUAAUAAUGGUGAUACAUACUGAGCAUCAUAUCUAAUGUGUUCAGGAAGUGACUUCAGGAAGCUGUUUACUGAUAACAAUUAUUAAAAGUUUAGAAUUGAACACCAACUUUAUUUAGCACCUUGUCUGUCAUAAUCAGGAAGUUGGUCAUGAAUUAAUGCCACAGAGAUGUGUGAGACGUUACACUGCUGUGGCCUCUGAAAGCUCAUAGAGUUCUGUAAGAACAAUCACCAGUGUCUCAUUGGUCCUGAAAAUGUAUCCAUCAUUUUGUCCUUUUAUUAAUGAACUGAGCCACAGAUGCAAAAUAGA